UGUUUGAUGGCUUGUUACAAUGUUAUUAUUAUGUGUGUUGUUGCAAUGCUGGCCAGAGAAGUAUCGUGUGUUGACACAACAACAGAAUCAAAUUCAGUUAAUACAACUACUCCAAACCCAACCAUGAGUGUCAAUGUUACAACAAAAGCAAUGACUUCCCCAACAACAAUGAAAGAAGAAACGACUGCAACAAAUGCGACAAUAACUGUUAAACCAACAAUUCAAACAAAUGCAACAGAAACAACUAUGGAAGCAACCACCAUGCCAAAAAUAACAACAACUCUUGCACCACUGAAAUGCAACAGUUCCGGAUGUCAGAAAUACAGCAUAUGUAAUACUACAUCUAAUUAUUGUGAAUGUCCAUCAACAGCACCAACAAAAGAAGAUCCAGUCUGUGGUAGUGAUAGUAAAACUUAUGAUAAUAUCAAAAAAUUAGAAAUGGAAACAUGCAAACAAAAUGGAACUGUCACCAAGAAGUAUGAUGGUGCAUGCAAAAAGGAUGAUAAAAAAAAGAACAAGAAAACUGUGAUUAUUGUUGUUAUUCUAAUUCUUCUCAUCUUAAUUGUGGUUGUGGUUGUGGCGGUUAUGUUUUGGAAGAAACGAAAGCAGGGCUCUGCUAAUGUGCGUGAGCAAAAAUCCAAGGAUGCGUUGCUGUAGAUGAACUGUGAUGGUGAAAGAGACAAGAGAUAGAUCAGAAUUUUUCAAAUUAAGCGACAUUCUAUUUAUUAUGACAGUGGUAAUAAAGAAGGGAUACAGAGUUAGCUUUUACUGAAAAUUUUAAUUUCAGUAAAAACGUGUGAACUGCUGUAGUAAAAGUAUUCACGCUGUGUCUGCUAAAUAUUUCAAAGUUGUCAAGAAUUUAUAAAAAAAUAUCUCAGUUUUUAAUCUGACAGGGCUCGUUAAAGUAGUAACGUAAUCUGUUUCAAGAAUGGUGGUGACGCAGAGUGAAUAGCUUGACUUUUUACAUGUGCAUAUUUUCAGCUUGUUUUUUAUUUGUUUUUUCAUCUGUUUUCGGAUGCAAGUUACUAACAUUACAAUGCUACUUCAUAUCGUUAUACAUUGGUUUAGGGCCCUCCGAUUUCAAAAUUUUCGUGUUGUCAGGAACUUAAUUUUUGGGUUUGUUUGAAACUUCCAUAAAACUUCUUUUUUCAAUUUAAAAUCUCCGAACUGGUCGCUAAAUUAAUGGAUGACGGUAUUUUGCAUUGUUUCUUAAUUAGCAUAUUGUUUUUAGUACAUUUUAUUUAAAAGAAAGGUCGCGUACGUUUUUAUAUUUGUUAGCAUUUUUAGUUUUUAGAGCUUAUUUAGAAAUAAAACAGCUUGGUAUUUAAAUUCUU